AGAGGCCUCAUAAGAAGAGCUCAGAACUUGAUCGAAAACAUCGAUAACGUCGUUACUUGCAUCAACCUGGAUCGAGGACGAGAUCCUUCCUUGUUCAAGAGUAGCAUGUCGGCGCUAUCCAAACUGAACUUGUGGGAAAACGAGAUCAGAGAGGCAACGAAUGACAAAGAUAUGCCGGACAUCAUAUCGGCUGCGAGGUUUCUCUUGGAGAACCAAGGCUUGCUGAUGGAUGAAAUUGACAAUAGUGACAGAGCAAAGAGACAGUUGCUUCCGACAGAUAUCAUCGCAAUAGAUAGUGACGAAGAAGAAGAAGAUGAUGAUGAUGAUCUACCAGAUAUAAUUAGUCCGACUUUAAUGAGAACACCUACGUGUACUUUGAAGUCAAAACGUCCCGUAAAAGGCAUCAAAGGACUGCAUAGGCUGAAACCGUACUCAAGGCCUACAUCAACGGUUACAAGUGCAAGCAGCACAAGCAGUACAUUGUCAGAAACGGUUUGGGAAAAGAGGGAAAAUGAGAUGCUGGUGGCUCAUCAGAGAGAACUUUCUAAAGCUAAGCAAGAGGCAAGAGACGAACUGUUAUUAUGUAUAAUAUGUCUAUCAGCCGAGAAAGAUCACACACUAGUGCCUUGCGGACACACCUUUUGUAAAGACUGUUCACAUAAGAGUAAAGCUAAGGGAAAGUGCUUCUUUUGCAUGACAAAAGUAAAAUCGUGUGUAAAAAUGAGACUGACAGACUAAAUGACUGACAGAUGCUAUUCCUUCUUGUCUUAUCAUGAUGGCAAUAAAAUGCUAACAUAUCA